AUGGAAGUCAAUGGUGAACCAGAUAUAGCUGGUAUUUUAAGCGCGGCUUUAAUGCCAUUGAAAGAUAUGAAACAUGCAGAUAUUUUGGACCAGUAUGAAAUGAACAUGGCUGAUGGAAAUAUAACACCUGACGUUCUAGAACAUUUAUCUCAAAGAACUACACAGAACCAUAGAGAUGGUAUAUUUGGUGAAGAGUUUAGAAAGACAGUUAGGAGAGAGAAGGAAGAGAACCUAUUGUACAUGACCUUGCAAAUGAAAGUUUGCAAAAUGUCAUAA